CUUUGCUCUUCUGCCCCUCCUCCUGGAUCCUUGCCCAUUGGGCCCAGCUGGGGCCAGUAUAAAAGAUGUGCAGAGGAGUGGGAGGGAUCCCGGAGACCUUGAGGCCAUAAGGGAAACUGAGGCGCGCACACAGGUGUCCAUGGCAGGCUGGGUGCUAUGCGUGACCCUGGUGCUGGCGGCACUGGCAGGGGUGGAGGGCGAGAGCCGCUACGAGAAGUUCCUGCGGCAGCACGUGGACUACCCGCGGACCCCCACGCUCGCGGCGCACCGCUACUGCGAGACCAUGCUGGCACGCCGGCAGGUGACGGCCCAGGGGAGGCCCUGCAAGCCCUCCAACACCUUCGUGCACGCGCCGGCCCAGGAUCUGGUGGCUGCCUGCUCCCGGGAGCCUGAUGCCUCAGGGUUCCAGAGCACCCCGACAGCCAUGGGCAUAACAGCCUGCCGCCUGCGAGGGGGGGACACCCGGCCCCCCUGUGCCUACCGCGCCCGGCAGGUCCAGCACCACGUGCGGGUCGCCUGCCGGGACGGGCUGCCCGUGCACCUCGCCGGCACCUACCCGCCCCCGCAGUGAGGCUGGAUGUGUGGGGGCCAUAGGUGGGGAUAUGGAUUCUCCCUCCCACUGGAGGUUCCAUUAAUGCCUGAAAUAAAGGAGGUGUCACAGG